AUGGCCGCGUCCGUCGCCGCGUGGGAGGACCGCGGCGACUGCGUCGCGGCCUUCAACGCGUGGAACCGCGUCUGGAACGACGACGGCGGCUCGUCCUGCGCGCCGAAUUGCGACUUCUUGUACAAAAAGUGGACGGGCUCGACGAACACGGAGCACGCGCUGCUCGGGGCGCCGCCCGUCUCGCGCUUCCGCGGCUGGCUCGCGCGGCACGAGCGCGAGCUGCACGUCUUCGGGAGCCCGAACCGCGCGGCGGCCAUGGCCGAGGGCGGCCGGGUCUACGCGGCCAUGGUCGCGUCGGGCGACUUUUGCGCCGACUUCGCGCCGCGCUACGCGGCGCUGUGGGACGCCGGCGUCGACGUGCUCAUCUACGCGGGCAACCUCGACCCGCUCCUCGGCGCGCCCGUCGUCGCCGGCGCCGUCGACGCCGUCGCCGGCGCCGCGCUCGCGAACGCGACGAAGCGCAUCUGGCGCGUCGCCGCGGACGACGCGGACCCCGCGGGUACGCGACGUGCCGGCCACGAGGCGCCGUCCUACGCGCCGCGGAGCGCCUACGACCUCCACGCGCGAUUCGUGCGCCGACUGCCCUUCGACGGCGCGGGGGGCGGCGCGCCGACGUGCGACGCGUGCGACGGCGCGCCGCCCUUCGCGGGCCCGGCGUUGCCCGGCUGCCGGCACCGGUCCCCGGACCACACGCACUGGCACGAGCGGCUGCGCGUCGACUUCGGGGCGGGGCCCGCGAUUUAA